UAUUUUUUUUUAGCAUGGGUAGAAACUUACUUUCAAGAAAUAGAAUUUCAUCCCUUCAGGAAAACUGUGGAAAUUGAGAGUCAGACAUGUCUUUCUUGUCCAUAUAAAAGUCUUAGGACCCGUGACAGGGGUCGGACUUAAUCUCCUUUGGCCACAUAGUUAAGAUUAGCAUCACACUUGCUGUGUUCAGGAUCUGUGCUGUACAUUGCCAAGUAUUUGAUAAGGUGGGACUCCAUUCCAUGGCAUGAUAUGCAGAAGCUUCAAAUGAGUUAAUAACUAGAGUUGCUUUGAAUGGAGGUGGAAAUGACUAAGCAUGCCACAUUCCUGAAGCAUUACUUAUUUUGAUAUGAAAUCUGCUUGUUUGGUACUGCCCACAUCUUUCAGGCAUCAGCUUGACAGUUUUGUUCAGAAACACUUCGGGUUUGUUCUGGAGCUGAACAGAGUGAGAGUAGCUGAGAACUCUGGAAGGGAUCCUUGCUGCCAUGCUGACUGCUCCCUCAUCCCUCCAGGACAGCUUCUCUAGCCUUCUGAAGACCAGAAGCUGUCUUAUAUUUGGCUACCAAUGCAGGAAGCUUAAUGGCAAGGAGAUCUGUUCUCUUAGGUGGUUUAGAACUGCAUAAAAGGUGCAAAAACUUGCUUCAGAACUGCAUGGACUUGCCAAAUCAGUGAUUUGCUUGUUCUCAUGCCUGUUGUACAGCAGAUUAAGGUUGUUCUAACAGGCAGUCCCUGCAAGUCUGAUACCCAGGGGUUCUUGAAGACCACUGGGUGCUUUGGAGUCUCAUGCCAGCUUGAUACAUGCAGGUCACAGGUGAACCUGAGCAAGGCUGGAGAUGGGGUGUUUGUAAGCACGUCAGCACUUACCAUGCACCCAACAGGGACUGCUGAUGGUAGCUUCUCCCGCUCUGCUGUGCAGACCCUCUCCCGGAGCCACUGCCGCAACAUCAAACAGAAGAUCUCCCAGUGGGAAGGGAGGACACGAGGGUGCUCCAGCAAGGAGAAAGGGCACCUGAAGGACUUUGGAGUAAAAUAUGAUCCAGGCUGUGAUGUUCUAUCCAAAGUGACGCCAGAACAUACAGAGAAGGGCAGAAAGGCUGGGUCUAAAGAUCCAAAGAACUUGGGCUUGGACUUCAGGGAAAAUGCAGGGAGCUGCUUGCAGACUGAUGACCAUGGUGACCUCAAGUCCUGUGCAUGCAGCCUAGCUUCCCAAGCCAAGGAGAAUGGAGGGUGGCAAGCAGGCUUCCUGGACCCGGGGAAGGCACUGCCCCCAGGCAACUUCUAUGCAUCGCAAGGGCUAUGGAGGAGAGCAGAUGCCUUUCUGCCUGGCAAAGCCCCACCAGUUCCCUUGGACCUGGAGAGGAAGCAAGGGAGCUGUGGCUCCACAGAAAGAGAACUUAGAGCUGAAGAAGUGGACUCAUUCUUUAGAGCAGAGAGGAGCAUGAAAGACAUUUAUUCAGUGGCUGUGGGACACGAAGAGGAGCAAGCUGCUGUGCCGCCACCUAAGCCCCGUAGGACUUUCCGCUAUCUUGCAGAAAAGAGUGCAAGUGGCUGCAGCAAUGCUGUUGCUACCAAGGAAGCUUCACUGCAAAAGAAGCAUGGAGGAGACUCAGUGUCAUCUUCCAACAGUCUUGAGAAGAGAAUAGCCAGCAGGAGUAUCAGAGGAAGAACCCAGAGGAAAUCCUUUGAGUUUGAGGACAUCCAGGGCUUCCGCAACUGGAUGGCAGCCACCAGCUCCCACAAACUUCGAGAAGAGUCAAGUGACACUGCAGGAUCCAGGCUCAUCUACACACAGUCGGAAGACAAUAUCUACGAGGACAUUAUCUGUCCUACAAAAGAGAACCCCUAUGACGAUACCAGAGUGUUGCCUUUAACCCUGUGGAAGAUCCCAUCUGUCUGGAAGUUACCACCCUCCCGAAGCACUAGUAGGGCUGCCAAGCUUCCCCCAAAACCUUCCUUCCUCAGUCGCAAGACUCUUGAGCUGCAGCCCUCCCUAACAAAUUUGCAAGGAAAAAUGGUGAAGGAUACAACAUUGCCUGUCACAUUUACUGAGUGUAAGCUGUUUCGAGCAGCAGAGGCUGCUAGCAGGAGAAAGAACUUGCCCUGGUUGGUACUAAAAAUACAGGAGAUCUUUGAUUCUAAGCGUGGAAAGAAGAGGGUGAAGUUGCUCAAUCCUGCUGGGAGAUUGACUCCAACAAAAGGUGAAACCAGUGGGAAUGAAAGUGAUAUGGAAAAUCAGCCAAAAAGUCGACACAGGGGCCUACUACUGGUGCAAUCAGCCUCCAAGAGGAACCCACGCUACCAGACACUGGAGAGAGAUUUGAUAGAGUUUCAGGAGCAGCAGCUGUUUGAGCUGUUUGUAGUGGUGUCACUGCACAAGAAGGCAUCUGAAAUAAAAUACACACCACAAAUCAUACAGCAGUUUCCCAACAAGCCUGAACAUCCCUUCAGACAGUCAAAGGAUACUGAAGAGAGGCUAAAGGUCAUUCCCAAAUUCUGCUUUCCAGAUCCUAGAGACUGGUUUCCUGCAUCACAACUUACAAGUGAAACGUUUUCUUUCGUGUUGACGGGUGAGGAUGGCAGCCGCUGGUUUGGGUACUGCAAGAAGCUCCUGCCAGAAGGGAAAGGGAAGCGCCUUCCUGAGGUAUACUGCAUUGUCAGCCGCCUAGGUUGCUUCAACCUCUUCUCCAAGAUUUUAGAUGAAGUGGAGAAGAGGCGGGAGAUGUCCCCAGCUCUAGUACACCCAUUUAUGCGUAGUGUAAUGGAGGCACCUUUCCCUGCUCCUGGGUGCACUAUUACUGUGAAGAGCUUCCUGCCAGGAGCAGGCAAUGAGGUUAUGGAACUCUGCCGUCCAUCAGAUUCUCGACUUGAACACGUUGAUUUUGAAUGCCUGUUUAAAUGCCUAAGUGUCUCUCACAUGAUACGGGUCUUUGCCUCUCUCCUGCUGGAAAGGAGGGUGAUCUUUGUUGCUGACAAUUUAAGCACCCUGUCUAAAUGUGGUCAUGCUGCAGUUGCAAUGCUUUAUCCCUUCACUUGGCAACACACGUACAUACCAGUCCUACCAACUUCUAUGAUUGAUAUUGUGUGCUCUCCGACCCCAUUCUUAAUUGGCAUUCUCUCCUGCUCGCUACCACAGCUUCAGGACCUGCCUGUAGAAGAGGUUCUGAUUGUUGAUCUUUGCGCUGACAGGUUUUUGCAAGAGGUAUCAGAUGAAGAUGAGAUCUUGCCUCAUAAACUGCAGGCUGCACUUGUACAAAUUUUGGAGGAACGAAAUGAAAUCUUGUCACAUGAGCAGAGCUGCGUACAAGGUGACAUGCCUCUUAACUCCUUGGUCUCUGAAGCUUUUGUGCAGUUCUUUGUGGAGAUUGUUGGUCACUACUCCCUACACAUGAAUGUCACAGAAAAAGGGGAACGGGUGUUUCAGAGGGAACUGUUCCGUAAAUCCCAUAUGUCACGCAAUGUGCGUCAUUUCCUGCACUUCUUCAUGGAAACACAGAUGUUUGCAGGGUUCAUACAGGAUCGAGAACUAAGUAAGAAUGUGGUCAAAGGCCUUUUUGAGGUCCGUGCCUUAGAGUAUUUGGAGACUGUUACGGAGGCUGAACCAACUGGAAUGAACAAAAUCCUUCGCAGUCUUGGAAGUAAAAUGAAGUUUCUCCAGAAGAAAUGAACUCGCACUGCUGCGGGACAGCAGAGUGGUGCCGGACUCCUCGGGUUCCCCCCUGGAGGGACCGAGGCUGCCGGGGCCCCGCGCUAAUACCAGGCCGUGCCGCAACCUGCCGUGUC